CAUUCCGAGUUAUUUGUCAUUUGUAGCAUGCAUUAUAUUACUUUAUACACAGUGCUGUUUAGUUCUCAAAUCGGAUUGGUCAGAAGCCCAGAAGUGGAAGUGGACAUGACGUUGCCCUACUUAAACCACACAUAAACCACACGCUGCACAGUCACAGAGGCAGAGACAGUGAGUGAGAGACCUAACAGAAACCUGUUGUUACUAUUCUCUGAAGUGGAGAGUCUGGAGCAUGAAGACCCUCCUCACCUUCUGCCUGAUUAUAGCUGGUUCUGAUGCUGUAACUACAGUAACUGGAUACAGAGGAAGAUCAGUUCAGAUUAAAUGCCCCUACGGAUCUGGAUAUGAAAAAUACAACAAGUAUCUCUGCAGAGGUAAAUGUCCGUAUGGGGGGAAUAAAGACAUUCCUGUUCAUUCUGGAUCUCCUGCUAAAGACACCAGAUUCUCUCUGUAUGACAACACAACAGCCAAAGUCUUCACCGUCACCAUCACUGAUCUGAGAACAGAGGAUGGAAACACUUACUGGUGUGUGAUAGAGCGGACACUGCGUGAUAGUUACACAGAGCUUCGACUGCUGGUUAAAACGCAUGAUCCUGCCAACAGUACUGUCUCACACUCCACACACUCUGCUCCAACCCACUCCAUGAGUCCACCAGUGCAUGCUGAGAUCACACAUUCAACAGCAGGUACUCCACUAAAUAAUGCUAACCACACAAUUAGUGCUGGUUCAUCUCAGGAAUUUCCAACUUCCACUGUCAUCAUUGCUGUGUCUGUGGUUCCAGUGCUGCUUCUCAUGGCCUUGUUAAUCGCUGUAGCUCUACAGAGGAAAAAGAAGACCCAAGCCUUGUCUCCAGCCCAAUCUCUACAAAGCUCCUCAACCAGUCAUCUGGUUCCACCUCCAGACCGCAGAAGCCUUUCUAACACACUUUAUUCCACUGCUGAAUUACCUACAAUCUCCCCUGAACUUUCCCAAACUAUUUACACCGGAUUAGGCGCGGUUAAUCCAGUUUCUGCUACGGUACACCGCCAGUCAGACGCUACCGUUGAGGACGUCUACUCCACAGCUCAGUUACCCACAAUUCUCCCCGAUUCCUCAGUCAGUGCGGCUCCACCAUCGGUUGUGAAACCUUAUGAAAGUUGUGAGGGAAAUGAUUAAUUUCUUACUGUAAUAGCUCUGUUCAUGUUCAUCAGUGAAUAAUGUCACUUGUGGUCAUGUCAUGGAGAUUAGCACAGAACGUUCUUUCCUCUUACAUUGACACAAACAUGUUAUUGUCUUCAGGAAUGUCUGCACAUCUGCUAAAACCUUGAAACCACCAAACUGGCUCAAACCUCCUAGAACUCCCUUUUUGAGACUCGCAGAUGUCCAGCUCUCCUGAUCUUAAAACUUAUAUAGGGCAUGUGAGAGAGGAGUGCUUCACCGCACUUCUAUCCUGUAUUCAUCCUUCUGUAAUAGACCUAAAGGACCAGGUCUAAAGGUGCAACUCCAUCAGUCACCUACUAGAAUGAGAACAACUCAUGUGACUGAAUGUGGCUAGAUAGCAUGCAUCAUGUUGAUAAUCAUUUUCCAUUAUUUGUCAUUUGUAGUCCAGUACUUGUUUCUGAUUGCUUAGAAGGUAAUUUUUAUAUCAGCUCCACUGACAUUAGUAUGUCAUCUUCCAUUUUAAUACAUACAAAACUGUAAUUGUUGGCAAAUUGCUGUGGUAUGAGAGGAAUACAACACCCAGGGGAUGCUGCUCUGUAAAAUAAUUAAAUAAAACAAAAUCAACUUUUAGGUGGUAACAGUAACUCCACUUCAUCACACCACUCUGUCACUCAGUAGUUUAGUCAGUUUAAUUUCUUACUUGUUAGAAAUACAACGUAUUCAUAUAAUCAUGGUUCAAUACCUUUAUUCAUGUCUCAUUAUAGUGUAUGCCUCUUUUAAUAGUAAAAUGUAUAACACGUAUACUCUUCCUCCUGCUUAACUCUGUGUAGAUCUGUGUGUUUGGAAUCUUUCACUUUUGUUGAGCAAUAUUAUACAUAGGUCACACAUUAUAAAUCAGAUUUAUGUCUA